AUGAGGCUUCUUUUAUGCUUUAAACUUUUCAUCUUAUUGUUUUCGACAGUUACAACAAGCGAAAUAACUGCUACAUUAAUCGGAGAUUAUUUUGAAAAUUUAAUCAUUAAACAUGUCGUUGUGUUUGGCUGCUGGGAAACUUAUGAAGCUAUCAAAUUAUCUCGAUUGAUUAUGAAGAGAAAUUGUGAAGUUUCUUACAUAAAUAUUCAAGAAAAUUUAGACAUAAAAAAAAUUUUAUACGUUAAUUACUACAAAUUAGGAAUUGUUUUGAACCUAGAUUGUUCACAAAGUCAAAGUAUCUUUGAUCAGUUUUCAAAACAGCAAUUACGUCAUAAUGAAUCAUAUUAUUGGUUGAUGUCAACGGUACAAAAUUCAAUUCCUGAAUAUUUUUAUCAUCUUCCAUUGAAUAUUGCUAGUGAAAUGACAUUGGCGAUGCGAAAUAAUGAUAGUUACAUUUUGUAUGAUGUUUAUAAUCCUAGCUAUCGUCAUGGAGGAAAAUUAAAUGUUACUUAUAUGGGUAAUUGGACAAAAAAAAAUGGAAAUAAAGGUGGUUUAAACAUUGUGUUGACACAAUACAAAUAUCAACGACGUGGAAAUUUAUAUGGAUUAACACUCAAUGCAUCAAUUGUUAUCAACUAUAAUCCUGUUCCGGAUUAUUGGACAUACAUUCAUAAUCCUAUAAACCCUCAUGUUGACACAAUGCAUCGGUACAAUUAUGCUUUAAUUCUUCAAAUGAGAGAUUAUUAUAAUUUCACCAUAAAUUUAAAAAAAGGAACAACAUGGGGAUACCUGACAAAUGGAUCUUUCAAUGGAAUUAUUGGUGAUAUGAUCAAGGGAAUAGUUGAUUUUGGGGCAACUCCUUUCCAGUUUAAGCCAGAAAGAAUUGAUGUUUGUGAAUUUACAGUACAAACAUGGCCAGCUCGAGCUGCUAUUAUUUUUCGACACCCAAAAACAAAUGACCUUAAUAAUCCCUUUUUAAAGCCAUUUGAAAUACAUGUCUGGUACUGGGUGCUUAUUUUCAGUACAGUGAAUUGGGCUUUACUGUAUUUGGCAACUAAACUAGAAAAAAUGAUAAUAAAAGAAUCGACACCAACUUUAAACACUUAUUUAGCAUCAGAAACUGCUCUCAUCACAGUUGCAGCUGUAAGCCAACAAGGACUUGGUGAGAGCCCAAAAUUAUUUUCUGGUCGAAUCAUUUUUUUAUCCAUACUCUUUUGGGCUUUUCUUCUUUAUCAGUUUUACUCUGCUAGUAUUGUAGGUUCACUGUUAGCGAAAAAGCCAAGAUGGAUUAAUACAUUAAAAGAUCUUGUUGAAAGUAAUUUAGAAAUUGGUAUCGAAGAUAUGGCUUAUAACCAUGAUUUCUUUGCUACAACUACAGAUUCUAUAGCUCAAAGGUUAUAUCAAGAAAAAGUAGCAAUAACUAAAAAACGUAAAAAAGCUAACUUUUUUCCUUUUGAAGAGGGAUUAGAGAAAUUGCGAAGAGGAGGAUUUGCAUUUCAAGUCGACGUAGCUUCUGCAUAUAAAUUAAUUGAUGAUACAUUUACACCUGAAGAAAUUUGUGAUCUUGUCGAGAUACAACUUUUUCCAACAAAACAUACAGCAACUGCAACAGCUAAACAUUCACCAUUCAAAAAAAUGGUCACUUACGGAAUGAGACAAAUCGUAGAACAUGGUAUGGCCCAGCGUUUACGACACAUAUGGAUGCCUAGAAAACCUGAGUGUCCAGAAAGUCAUAAUAGUGAACCUCUACCAGUAACACUUACUGAAUUCAGUCCAACGUUGUUUCUCCUUUCAUACGGUUGUAUCCAAUCUUUGAUAAUCAUGAUUGGAGAAAAAUUUACAAGUCAAUGGAGAAGACACAGUUUUAUGAUAAAUCGAAUCGCUUUCAAUAAUAGUGACACUACUGAAGCAUCAUCCCCAAGUCAAUCAGUAUUAGAUAAUUGAUGAGAUAUCAAUCUUCAAA